AUGUAUUUGUUCCAACACAUGCGGCGAGCUCAUAAACUUCCAGAGGCUUCUGGACGCCUUUCAUGGCAACAGUCGCCUGACAAGUUGCGAGACAGAGAGUUGUAUGGUUUGGUUCCAGACGGAACCUCAGCUGCAAAAUGGGGCUUAUUUGAAAUGAUUAAAUCGAUAAGAACAGGCAGGCCAUUGAAAGAUCAAAAGCUUCUCGUGUGGCAUCCUGACCUAUUUGAUGAUGCCCAUCAAGAACUUUACCGGUUGCAGGAUAACACAGGAGAAUUCAAAUGGGUGAGACUAGAGGCCGAACAGGGCUUUAUGCCAUUGAAUGACCAACGUGCCCCAGUGCCUCAUUUUCCCUCGGCCAUGUCAAUAUUCACUGAGUUCGAGGGAAUCUCCACAAUUAGUGAACGUGACAGCCACACGAUACACGAGCCAGAGAGUGAAGGCUCAAGCGAUGUAAGUUCGAUAGCGGGCAGUGACACUGAACAUCCCUAUGGCGCCGGCUAUGCGUGGCGCGGUGCUCGACGAGCUUUCAAGACUAAGCGUGGUCGCUAUGAAGUGGGCCCCUAG